CGGCCGGGCGCGCUCGGCAGUGACGUGUCCAGCGGGCGUUAGUGACGUGCCCCGCUGCUUUGGCUCGGAGGGGGAAGCGAAGGAGUGCGGAAGGGAAGGGAGGCUGAUGCGGCAAGAGGAUGUAAUUUGUCGUAGGCUACAGUCAAGUGGUCAGACUAGAGCCUCGUUACAUUCCAGAUCUGCUGCUACAAAUAUCAGAACUCAAUCUCCCUCGCUGAAGCUGAGAGAUGGAGCCCCCUGAAGUUACCAUCAUUGAGGGUGUGGGGGAUGAGGUGACAGUGGUGGUUGGUAUCGUGGUCCUCGGCAUGGCCCUUGUUCUGGCCUGGCUUUCCACAUAUGUUGCAGAUGGGAACAACCACUUGCUGGGAACUGUAGUGCCUGCUGAUCAUUCAUCCAGGAUCCACCUGAACCCCAUUGAGCACUAUCCUGAAGAUACCAUCGGCAUCCUCAAGAGCAAAUACUUCCCAGGACAGGAAAGUCAGAUGAAGUUUAUCUACCAGGGCCAGCUUCUCCAAGACCAGGCCCGGACUCUCCGCUCCCUCAACAUCCUGGACAACUGUGUGAUCCACUGCCAUCGCUCUCAGACCACUGCUUCUGCCACUGCUGAUGCUGGGGCCGCACCCUCGGAAACUGGGGGCAUUGCGUUGAGCAUGGGCAACUUGAUGAUUCCGGCCUUUAUGGUGAUGCUGGUGAUCAUCUGGUAUUUCCGUAUCAACUACCGCCAGUUAUUUACGGCCCCUGCUACCAUUUCUUUGGUUGGGCUGACUGUGUUUUUUAGUUUUCUCGUUUUUGGAAUGUACGGGCGAUGAGCUUCAACUGGAGAAGAGGGAGAGAUCCCAGUUGGUUGCUCAUUGUUUUGUACUUUCACUUGUUAAUACUCUGUAACAAGGAAAGCACUUUGUCUAGAAAGUCUAUAUUGAUUGAAGGAAAAUACCCACAGACCCUUUGCUUUAAAUUUUUUACUUGAUCUCGAUCUUUUCUGUAGUCAUAACAUUUGGAGACUUUUGAAGACUGUAGAAGAAUAAGGCGACGUGGAUUGCUCUGCUGUCCCUCUACCGACACAAACAGUUCUGUGACUCGGUCAUUAGAAGCAUUGCUCUUUGGCUUCUAUGUUUUUAGGAAAACUUAAUCCAGUUGCUGUGAUUCUCUUGAUCAUUUGGAAGACUUGGAGCUCUUGAAGCCGACUUUAGAGAUCCUCGUUGUACUGAAAUGCAGUUCCUUCCCUUCUGGCCUUUGCCAUCUUCAAAGCCCUGCAGUACAACAAAGGGGCAUUCAACUUAAACAUUUGGCAAUGUAUUUGUUGCUGCGUUGGGAAGCAUGGAAGGAUUAACUUUUGAUAUGUUCAUUUUCUGCCCAUUCCACUGUGACCAAUUACAUAAUGCUUAGGUAGGUUUUUUCCACGAAUGCCAGUGUAUAACUCCUUUCAUCCUCUGUUGGAGUUGAACAAAUGGAACAUGUGCCUUUUCCUCCAAGCACCAAGAGAUGUGCAUGUUGGAAGUAGGUAUUAGUGAGCUACCUUAUGAAGACUCUUUUCCAUACUGAGUGGGUCUGUAUUUACAUACUUGUAUUUACAUACCCUUUGCUCUAGGAAAGAAAGACCCAAGCAUUUGGCUAUGAUUCCCUGCAGGAACACAGCUAGUAAACCAAGGCAUGGUGCACCUCUUGCUGGCUAAAGGAAGAGUAUCAGCUGCGCUUGAGCCUCCUGUCUAGUUUUCUAGCCACAUCAGACAGCUUUUGGUUGGGUGCAUGCUGGCGUGCCCUUACCCUGUCAAGCUCGAUAUAUAUCUGGCAGAUGGCGUCUGGAUUUGUCAACACUGUCCAUUGGAGGGGAUUAUGAUUUUUCUUCUACUUUGUACCAAACAUGCUUAGUACAUUCUGAAAGUAUUAAAGCCAAAGGUACCUACAUGGAGUUUACUACAACUUUGAGAGAAUAAGCUAGAAGGCACACUGCUGAAGUAGAUUCUCCAUCUUUUGUCUUUUAUAAAAGAAAUGCUGCUGUAAGCAUUUUGAGGACUGGAAGACCUGAAACAUAUAAGCUAUAUCACCCAAGCAAGGACUCCGCCCAGUUUCUGGGUUGUCGUUUCUCAACUAUUUAAACUUGUGUUUCAAGGGCAAGAAUUAUAUUUCUCAGCCUCAUUGUCGCAGACAGAAACUUGAACUGAAUAGGAAGCUACAUUUUUGAUUAUCAGUGCCAAGUAAAUUUCCUGCUCCUGCUCAAAACCUGUCUUAAACAUUCUUUUUAACUAUUGCUUUAGCUUGUAAAAAUCAAGGCGUUUAUAAAAAGGUUGCCAAUAAUGACUCUUUAAGUAAAUCUGUGCUUGACA